GGGCGGGAAGGCAGCCGAAGACGUACCGAACAUGGCGGCGGCGGCGCCGGUGACGGAGACGGCGGCGGCAGCGGCGGCGACCGUGGCGGCAGCGGCGUUGUACAAGGCGGUGGGCGUUACUCGGUGCGGUUGUCCGGUGACCUUUGUGUGGCUUUUCAAUUUUAGUUGAAAUCCCCUCCAUGGCCUUUUGGAGUCCCCUGGUGUGUCUCCAGAGUAAAUUUCCAUUACUCGACGUUUCAUCGAUGUUGGAGUGGCAAGAAAAAGGAGGAACUGAUUUGGGGUGAAAAGUUUUUCCCCCCUAGGUAUAACAAACUGUAAACUUAAAAAAAAAUCAAAGAUGGGUGAAAAGAAGCCGGAGCCCCUGGACUUCGUGAAGGACUUCCAGGAGUACCUGACCCAGCAGACCCACCACGUGAACAUGAUUUCUGGGUCCGUCAGCGGGGACAAAGAAGCAGAGGCUCUUCAGGGAGCUGGAACAGAUGGUGAUCAAAAUGGACUCGAUCACCCAUCUGUUGAAGUUUCCCUGGAUGAAAACUCAGGAAUGUUAGUGGACGGGUUCGAAAGGACCUUCGAUGGGAAGCUCAAGUGCCGGUAUUGCAACUAUGCCAGCAAAGGAACGGCCCGGCUUAUUGAACACAUCAGAAUCCACACAGGUGAAAAACCUCAUAGAUGUCACUUAUGUCCAUUUGCAUCUGCUUAUGAACGUCACCUGGAGGCCCACAUGCGCUCCCACACAGGAGAAAAACCAUACAAAUGUGAGCUGUGUUCCUUCCGCUGCAGUGAUCGGAGUAACCUGUCCCAUCACCGGAGGCGCAAACAUAAAAUGGUACCAAUUAAAGGUACUAGGUCUUCCUUAAGCAGCAAGAAAAUGUGGGGGGUUUUACAGAAGAAAACAAGCAAUCUGGGCUACAGCAGAAGAGCACUAAUCAACUUAAGUCCACCUUCCAUGGUGGUCCAGAAGCCAGACUACCUUAACGAUUUCACCCAUGAAAUCUCAAACAUCCAGACUGAUUCCUAUGAAAAUAUGGCGAAAACCACUUCCACUGGUGGCCUGGCAAGGGACCCCCAAGAACUCCUGGUUGACAACCCUUUAAAUCAGCUCUCCACUCUAGCGGGACAGUUGUCCAGUUUGCCACCUGAAAACCCAAACCCCGCAUCCCCCGAUGUAGUUCCCUGCCCGGACGAGAAGCCUUUCAUGAUGCAGCAGCCCCCUGGCGCAGCAGUGGUCGCUGCCGUGUCGGCAGGCAUGCCUCAGAGCUCCUCCCCAACCAGCCCCGAGCCUCGGCCGCCACACAGUCAGAGGAACUACAGCCCGGUGGCGGGUCCCAGCAGUGAGCCGAGUGCGCACACGAGCACUCCUAGCAUCGGAAACAGCCAGCCGAGCACCCCCGCCCCCACCCUGCCGGCCCAGGACCCGCAGCUGCUGCACCACUGCCAGCACUGCGACAUGUACUUCGCUGACAACAUCCUGUACACCAUCCACAUGGGGUGUCAUGGGUAUGAAAAUCCUUUCCAGUGUAACAUAUGUGGAUGCAAGUGUAAGAACAAGUAUGAUUUUGCCUGUCAUUUUGCAAGAGGGCAACAUAACCAACACUGAUUGGAAACAAUCACAUUAUGCUGAACUUGGUUUUGCCUUUUUGCAUCGUGUAGUUUUGUUUAUUGUUGUUUUUUUGGGGGGGAUCCACCCCUAAUAAGGUGUAUGCUAAUUUAAGGUUUAUACAUUAUAUUUAUGGAAAACAAAUUUGACAAUGGAAACAAAUGUUUGCCUUUUUUUUUUUUCCUUCAUAAAAGUCUGUCAGGGUCAUUUAUGUAUUAGAACAAUUAGACACACUGGUGUCUGUGUUUUGCUUUCAUUUAGACACUUGAGAAUUGAAGUGCAAUCUUAAUCUUAAAGGUGUUCAUUUAAAUCUCCCACAUUUAUGGUCCAUAUGAACUUCGAAGCUUAUUGAUACUCUUGAUGUUUCAAUAUAUAUGUUGCAGCUGGAUAUUAUUUCUAUCAUAUUUCAAAAUAGUAAAUUACUUUCUCACAAAAUUUAUUACAACUUAUUUCAGUGUUGAGUAGAGGAAUCGCCUUUAAAAUUGCUCUUAGUUGAAAUACUAUUUAGUUCAUAUAGUUUAAGUUGAAUUAGCAGUUUCAUUUCAACUGAUAAUAGUAAAGCUAUUUCAGUGUAUAGUAAACCUUUUUUUCCCAUAAUGGGAAAUGUAAAAUUUAAUUCUUUUAAAAUUGAAAUUAUAAAAUAUGAGAGAAAAGUUCUGAAAAGAAAUGAAACUUAAGACUUUACACUGAAAAUGGAGUUUACUAUUUAAAAACCUGUUUAUUCAAUUUCUAGUUUAAAGAUACGUCAAUUUUCCACUGGAUUCUUUUUAUUAUACUUCUAGCUUAUUUUAAAAACUACAGGUAAAUACAUGAGAAUGCUAGAAAUAUCAGAAGAUUAUCUAUGAAAAUGCCUUUUUUGUUCUUUUAAUUUGAAGCUUAUACUUAAACCCUUCAUUCUGACGAUGUUACUGACGUCAGGUGAGGCUGAAAAUGACACCGAGAAUCCACUCCUCCGUGUCUGCUCCUGUUCCUUUGAUGACCAAAGAGGUGCGGUGCAAAUCAUCCCUGGGUUCCUAGGAAAUGCAGUCUUUAAGAAAAAAAAUUCUGAAGUUUCUUUUUCCUGCUCUGUAUCCAUUUGUCGGCCAUAAUUAAAAAAAAAAAAAAGUUAGGUAUAGAAACACAUGGAAAAAGGUGAUGCUGACGUAAUGUUUUUAAAAAUGAGGGCAUGUAUCCAAAACAAAUACUGGUUUCUGUUUCAGAAUCGGCCAUUUAAGAUAUUUUGUGUGAAUUCAAGGUAUAAUGCUUAUUUGCAGCUUUAACAGUCUUUUCUGUACAUGACAAAACUAUAGGGAAACUGAUUGAGUUGUCACCGUAGUAGGAAAGGAUUUUAAAAUGUGAAAAUAGAUAUAAAAUGCAUUUAAACAUGGUAUUUAAUUUGUUUACAAAAAUAAGACUUGCUAAAUAAAUCUAGAGUAAUUUUGAAUAGGAGACUAUUGUUUAUAUAUUGUGUAAUAACUAGCUUACUCUGAAGACAGCUUGGUCAAACAAUAAAAUAUAUUGUUACUAA